AUGCCUUGCUGCGGCGAUCGUGAAAAAGGCUCGGUAGCCCUGGAGGAGCAAUGGGACUACAUCAAUCUGAACGACUUCAAGUCAGAAUCAUGUCUAUCACCGUUCUCUUACUUCUUUCUUUGGUUGUUUCUCCUAGUGUCGAUAGCGGUGUACGCGGUUGACACCUUCACGGCCGUGAAUUUACUCGCUUUCUCCAAAUGGGCCGGUCAGAUCCAGCCGGCCAUUCCCUUUACCGUCUCUCGUUGGAUUUUCGCUGUCUGUAUUAUUAUCUCAUUCGUUCUCUUGGUUCUGCGAUGGAUUCAUGCCAUUCGCGCCAUUCGCUCCGGGAGUAUCUCGCAGAGCUACCUGGACUCCCUCGCGGUGCGCAUCCAAAGUAUUCGCCUGUGGGCAAGUGGUCAUGGAUGGAAACGAUUCCUCGUCUUUGCCGAGCUCACCAAAAGUAAAAAAGGUGCCGAAUACGUGGCGCUGUUUGCAUAUUUCUCAUUCGAAACCUGGAUGAAUGUCAUUUUUGCCGAUGGACCGCGACAAGUAGUAAAUGCGAUCACGCUGUAUUCAGUCAUGCGUAUGGAUCUCCUCCCCGGCGGAGAGAAUGCGCCCAAAACAGGCGACUCUUCUCCAUUCAUACAAUUCUUUGACAACGUGAAGAUCUUGGCGGAACAUAACAAUCUGCGCGCGCUGGUCCUGUUCGGUAUGCUGUUCACCCUCGUAAUUUGGGUCUUGUCGAUCCUGAAGCUGGCGCUUGCUAUCAUCCUCUACCUCAUCUUUUUGUUCCACCACAUUCCUUCCGAAGAUGGCUCAUUGAAGGCAUAUUGUCGGCGCAAGAUCAACACUCGACUCACCCGCAUCGUGCGGCGGAAAGUAAACAAAGCGUUGGCCAAAGGCAUGGUCUUACAAGAUCGAAGGCCGACCCAGCCCAACAUGGGUCUAGAUACACACCCUACCUUGCCGACCAUUGGGGAUGAUGACAAGGUGCCCGCGGUUACGACGAUUUCGCGCAGCACAACGCAAACCACGUUGCCUUUGUACUCAUCCCGCCCAGGGACGGCAGCACCGGAUCGGAACCCGGCCCUUCCAAGCGUAGCAGCGUUCGAAGAAAAACCACCGCUCAGCCGAACCAUGACUCAAUCAUCCGCAUAUUCCGAGUCCGCUUCACUGUCGGGAACCACAGUCGUCUCAGGCUACAGCCCGCUUGAUCGUCAAACCUCUCCCGCGCCGCCAGUACCGCCUCUUCCAACCCAGGUCCCUCCGCCUACUUCACGGAUUCAAACACCGAUGUCUCGGUCCAAUAACACGCCGGCGCCUCCGCCUUCAGUCAGCCGCAUGGCUUCAGAACAUGGUUUCCGAGACGCCAGCGAGGCCCAUAGUCCCUAUGAAACCUAUCCAUCGCACGGUUUCGCAUCAACUGCGCCGUACUAUUCAUAUAGUCCAACAGAGACCACAAUACGGUCUCUGACGCCAGGACGAAUUGUGUCUCCCGGGGAGACUGGACCUCUUCGAACCUUUUCACCCCCCGAUCAUAGCGGCACUCCUAGCCUACCUCCCCAGUCUGGGUAUCCCAUGCGGUCGUUUGGUGCAGCUGGUCAAAGUCCGGCUCCAGCCCAACACAAUCUGAGCCCCGUGGAUAGUCCAGCAAUGAGGAACUUUUCGCACGGUGCACCUCGCGGGACGCCACGACCCUCAGGGCCAGGCGGAUAUGCUCCGUUCAAUCCACCUUCCAGAAACUCCCCUGCACCCUUUGCGGGAGAAGGUACAUCACGCUCUCCCGUGUAUCAAACCACCGGCCCGACUGCAUUCACAUCGUCGACCGAGUACAACAACAGGCCAGCACCCGCACAGGGCUACUCAAGUCGAUCGUAUUCCCCUCAGCCACAGAAUUAUCGGCCGGACUAUCUCUAG